AUGGCUCCCGGUUUGAGGAGUGGGCGGACAGGUCACCCCAAUGUGGUGGGAGCCGGCGGAGCGGACCCCGGUGGGCGCUCGCCGCGAAGGACGGAUGCCGGAGGAGAUGGGAGGUGUUUGAGGGCCAGGUGGCGAGUCGGACCAGUGGGGAUGCUUGCAAACUGCCUGCUCUAUGUGGGAAUGCUUUUACUUGUCCGGUGCGCUAUGGCCGCAGAGGAGAAAUCCACCUUUGAUGCCUCUGGCGCCUCGUCUUUACCAAGCGACCCUGCAGCCACAGCUGCUCAUGCUCAUCCAAUGGCAGAGGAGGUGCCUUUCUCAGUCAUCCAUUCAGAUGGUGACUCAGAGUCAGAGGGGGGAGCUUUAUCAGGGCGGCCUGCUUUUUCUUCUGUCUUAACUGUCAUGGCAGGAACUGUGAAACAUCCAGUGAGCCUGGAUGAAAGUAGAACCUCUCCAACCACCACCGGGGACGAGACCCACACCACCCAAUGGCCUUCACAUAGUUCCAGCCAGGGCUCAAAGAUGUCUUCCUCAUCGUCCUCUGCGGGAGAUAGGAUCCUCCUUGCCAACUCAGAGGCGGGGACAGAUGAUUUAACCGCUGGAACAUCCAGAGUAGUUGCGCUCACUAUCCCCAAAGAAAAAGCAGCCAGCCUAGCCCCCUCUCAAUCAGACGGGAUUUCCCUUUCUGCUGGGCCCACCGAGAGGACAUCUCAGGGAUCACCUCUGCCCCCUCAACAGGACAUCGUAACAGACUCUGUCCACCUUACCACCACAACUGUAGCUCCAACCAGCAUAACUACACACCCCACCACUACCAUGUCUUCUUCAAGAGUCACCACUGGAACCACACAGUUUGCCACCACUACCACACCACAGCCUGCACCUGUGACCAGGAGAACUACGACUACCACAACCGCCAGGACCCAGAUCAGCAGGAGAACGUUCACACCACCUGUCCCCAGAACGAGCCCUCCCAGGGGGGCCACCACAAUCUUAACUUCCCCUUUUACCACCACCACAGAGGCUCCACCACAGCAGUGCAACAUCACAGAGAGAUUGUGGGUGAAGACAGUUGUUUCCAUCUAUGUGAGAAGAAACAGGCUGGACAGCAUUCAGAGGCAGAACCUGCGAAGGGGGCUAAGUCAGGGCCUCCGAAAAGCUCUAAAUGAUACCUUUGCCCAAGCACAGGUGGAGACAGUAUUUGGUUCUCCCAACAUGACAGUGGCUUAUCACGUGACUGGAGGGGACAUGGUUUACCCUCCCUCUGUAGUGCUGGAAGGCUUGGACUCCUAUGGCCGUGAUAAGCUGAUUUCAGACCUGCGACAGUACCUCCCCAUGGUAACAGCCCUGCCCCUCCCAGUUGCAUUAUGGAGAUCCAGCCCAGCCACAGGCUUCCAGCUGAAAACAGUGUUGCAGUUUGUGGGAGCAGGCGAUGAUCCUCGGUCCUGUCGGUUCUCUCAAAUGAUGGAGCAGCGGCUUGAGAAGGUGUUUUCUGAAGCACAGGCCAAAGUGCUCAACACCAACAACAGACUCUCUGUUCAGAUGCUAAGUGUCUCCCAGGCUGCAGGCUCUCCUGCUGUGUCAUUGAUCUACACUGUGAGGAAUGGGACUUUCUUCCUUAAUGGAACCACUGCCUCAAACCUUCUUGGUCAGCUGUCAGCUGAGCUGGUGGGCUACUUCCUCUUCUAUCCACCACUUAUGAUUGCUGAGCCACUGGAGUAUCACAAUCUUAACACCUCCAUUGCUACCAGAGACUUCUGGGUUAUUACUGUGAUCCAGGACGUGGAUAACGCCAGCCUGGAGGGACAGUACCAAAGCUUUGCCAGUCUAAUGGAACAGCGGCUGGCAGAGCUGUUUGUGUUGGCAGGGCAGCAGGGCACUCGUUUCAGACGAGCCACUGCUGUAGGCAGCUUCACUGUCCAGAUGGUGAGUAUUCGUAGGGUGUCAGGGUCAAAGAAUCCUGCAGAGAUGACCUACUACGUCCAGCACAAUGGCGUUCCUUUAUCAGGCACGUCAGCUGCCAAGGUCCUGAACACAGUGGAUUCUCAGACCAUGGCGCUCACCCUGGGCUACUUUGUCCAGCUGCAAGCAGAACCUGUGGUCAAGAACCCUCCUAAUAACCUUUGGAUAUUAGCUGCAGUGUUGGCCCCCAUCGCCGUAGUAACACUCAUUAUCAUCAUAAUCACAGCUGUGCUGUGCAGGAAGAAUAAAAAUGACUUUAAAGCUGAUGCCAUCGGUAACCUCAAUCCCAGAGCUAAGAUGGCGUAUCGGAGAGAUGUGGGCUAUUAUCACCAGCCAGUCCAGGGUUUUGACUAUGCCAAGCAGCACCUGGGCCAACAGGGUGGAGACGAGGAGACCCUGCCUGCAAGUCAGGAUACUCUUGUGAUGUCACUACAAAUUCGGGACACGCCACUUUCACUAGAAAAGGCCCUGCAGCAAGACGGAACUGCCAACAAGAAAAGCCUCACCUCUGACAAACACAAGAGCAAGUUACCGAGUGAGGACGGUUCCGUCAUCAGCAACGAAUCAGAGAAGCUGAAUUCCGGUAGGGGCCUGACAGUGCUGAAAGUCACAGCACAGCAAAAACUGACAAAGGAGGAGACGCGCAAGAGGGAAGAUCCAUAUGACACCUCCUCUGGCUCCCUGCAGCUCAUUUCCAUAAAGCCCAUGGCGGCUCAGCCACACUACACACACCCUGCAUCCUCUGACCGCAGCCAGGACUCUGCCAUCGUCAAUGGAGAGGUGAACUUGGCUCUGAAGCAGAAGUCAGACAUUGAGCACUACAGGAACAAGCUGAGACUGAAGGCUAAGAGGAAGGGAUUUUAUGACUUCCCCUCCACGGACGGAAGCAGCAGUGGUCGAGCUGUGGCGCACAGACAGCGGCACUGCCAUGAGAGGGCAGCCGGUGAGCAUGGCAGACCACUGGAGCCUGAUGAUGAGCGAGGUUCCACUUAUGUCAAGUCUCACAGGAGGCACUCGCAGGUAGGGCAGACGGCCUAUCGCAGCAGACAGAGUCUGAGCAGUCCCAGUCCUGGAGGAACAGAGAUGGACAUGCUUGUUAUGAGGGAGAGACCGAGGAGAGGCAUCCGCAACAGCGGUUAUGAUACUGAGCCUGAGUUGAUUGAGGAGACAAAUGUUGACCGCCUCAUGGGGCCACAUGAAUACAUGUAUGGCCGAGGCUUGAAAGGACACUCUGAGACAUCCACUCUGAGCUCGCAGCCGUCCAUUGAUGAAGUGCGACAGCAGAUGCACCUGUUGCUGGAGGAAGCGUUCAGUCUGGCUUCAGGGGGGCAGUCCACAUCUGGAAGGCACUCCCGUCACCACCACCCACCUUCUGACCAGUACAGCCCCGCACCGCCUCCCCUCCCCUACGCAGACGUGGUGACCAGCGCCCCUGGUACAAUGAGCUGUGGACGGGGAGGCUUGCAGUGGGUACCAUCCUAUGGUGCAGAAAUGUAUCAAUGCAGCCUGCCCAAACCGGCCUUUCGCUUCACCCAGCUUCCUGAGAUGGCCAUGGGCUCUCCUCCCCCUUUACCACCUCGCACUGGACCUCCUCCUGGGACUCCCUUAAGACGUUCCACUUCUGACUUGGGGCCUAAGGGAAGGAGCUCAGAGACAUCUGUCACUGAAAUUCAGAGUCAACAUGACAACAACCCAUAUGGGCCAACAACUAGAGCAGCACUUCCAUCUAUCACUGCAGAGCAGCCUGUGUCCAACUACUCAGGAAACCCAAUAACAGCCGUCUAUGCCAUCCCAGCCACCAGGCCCGGCUACUCCGAAUACUUUGUCUCCACACCAACCACCUCCUACCACAGUCCAUCCUGGAUGUCCUAUCCACCUGAACCAGAGGAUGUGCCGCCACAGUGGGCAGACUCUGUGCCCCUGCCUGGGUAUGUAGAGGCUUUUCCUCAUCCUCGUUACCCACAGGGGAGCCCCACCAGGCUGCCACUGCAAUAUAACAAGGCACUGGAGCAGCCACCCACUGCCCGUAGCACAGCAUCCCAGCAAAGCCUGCACCAGGUGGUGAAGGACAUGGACAGCAUGCCCCUGAGCAGCCUCUCCACCUCUGCACUUGUGCAGGCUAUUCGGCAGGAGGUGGCCAAGCUGGCGAAGAAGCAAAAUGAUGUGUUUGAAUUCUAGUUUUAAUUCUGUCCCCUUGUGCGCAGAAGAUAGUUAAGUGUGCAUUAGUUUCCAACAGAGGCACACAAAGGUGGUGCUCUUUCAGACAGAUUUUUGAUGUUUGUACUGUUAAAUGAACUUUACCCACUGAUUACCCAAUGAUUGAUUUCUUUUCACACACCAUUGGUGUUUUGCAGUUCCUGAUUUAAAGGAGAAGAAAAGAUUAUGUUUUAUUUUUAUGUAGAUGAUGUCCCAAGUGACAACAUGCAUCUCUUCUUUGUAGAUAUGUCAAUAGGAUACGCUAAAUAUGGAAAAUAUCACUUUUUCCAGGAUUAGACAUUUUUUUGUGAAUCACAAUCAAUUGAGAAGAUUGUACUGAGAGGGCCGAAUACUUCCUGUCAGAUGGUGUAAGUAUAAACCACAGUGUAUAUGAGCAUGUACAGUAUUAGGACAUCAUGUAUGUUAUCUCCUUUUAUAGACCAUCAUCUUCAAAAAGACGGGCUAUUAAUAUAAUUAAUUUCAGUUCAUUCAAGCAUCCAUACCACAUCAAACUACCAAUUCCAGGUAUUCUUCUGUUUAUUUUCAUAUCACAUACCAACCAUGACAGUAACAACAGAAACUGACUGUCCUGGGUUGUCUAAUGAUUUUGACUGAUUUAAAGUAGUUCCUGUUUAUUAACAAAUUAACUAAAUACAGUAUCUGCUUUUUUUAGUUUAACCCAAUUGAACAUUAAAAUCAGAAGUUGCAUCACACAUAGAUGGAAAUGUUGGCAUUUAUGUAUUUGAAAUAGAGGGAAGUUUUGCCAGAUCAGUUUGGGUGUGCGUUGACUUGGUUGACAUGGAGUGAGUACUUAAAAAAAUGAAUUUUGACUUAACUAUAUGUUUUUUCUUUUCUUGAGGAAAACAACGAAAACACUUUGGCUUUCAAAAACCCAAAUGAAAAAGUUAAUUCACAUUAGCACAGUGAUUUUAAGAUGCACAGAUGAUUCAAUGCACAUACAACCUCAAAACAUUUGUUACAAAACAAUUCUCUUUGCUGUCGGGAGGAGUGCAAAAGUUUAUUGUAAAGUUAAUCCAUAAACAAGAUGAGUCUAUCGGUUUUUUUUUUUUAAGACUUUAAGACCAUGGUCUCAAUGGGUGCAUUUGAUGCACAAUGUUCAUACAAAUUAUUAACCUAAUGGGAGGUUCUACAUCAGCACUCCUGUUCUGAGAACUUCAGUGUGAGCAGAUGAGUGUGGAGCAUCAGUCUUGGAAUUUAUCCAAGUUAUACGGCGCACACAAAAAGUAAAUUAUUGCAAAUUUGUUGAAAAAAUGCCUUUUCAGAUUAGUCAUCAAUCUCAAUUAUAGUUUAAAUCAACCACACAGGACACGAGAGCAUCAUAACAAGAACUUCAUAACACCACCUACCAGUUCACAUACAAACACCAUAAAUAUCAACAUGUUAGAAGAGGUUAAUUUAGAUUAAACAUAGGAGUACAUGAAUAAAAGCCGCUAAUUAGGGAUUUAGCAACCAGACAUUAAAUGUUAUGUAAAAUACAAAGUAAAGUGACAUGCUUCAAUUAAUAUCUUGAUGCUGCACUUAUUUACGGUAAUAUCUAAGGCACCUAUUUGGCUAUCUUAAUCAGCUUUUUAUUUUCUGUUUUUGAAACCAGAAUAAAGCCACCAGGGCAUUUGGUAACAAAACUUUAAUCUAUUCAAUAAAACUCCCAUUAAAAAAAAGUCAAUAAAUCACUGCACACAUGAAAGGGAUGUAUUCCUUUC